UAGUAGUUACCAGUGAUUUGAACUGAGGUAAAGGCGCUUUACAACGCCAGAGCUACCCCGGAUGGCACCCUGGUACCAUCUAUGGUGGGUAUUGGCAUGUCUAGUAGUAGAAUCACGCAGAUUCCAGCGCCAUCCCGCAUUCCUGAUACCUAGUUACAUCCAUAUACCACCCUUGCGUGCCGAGGCGCAUAGUAAUGUUGCGAAAUACACAGUAAGAGGUGGCCAGUGCUUCCUUCCAGCGGAGCAACAUGAGCAGAGAAUCCUGCAGGAUGAAUGGCGACGAGUGUCUGAUUUGUUUGGAUUCGCAGAAUACUCAAUAGGAGUACUGGCCCAUGCUGACUUGUUCAAGUCCAGGGGAGUACAACAGAAUAGCGACACGGGAUCACUAGCAAAUGAUCACCCGGAUAAAGGAUUUGGAUUGACAUUGGGUCCAAGUGAUCACGGUCUACCGGAAACUGAUAUUGAUACUACAGAUGAUAUAUCCCUAAAUGCUAACCAGGAGCAUCGAAAUGAACUGUAUGAAUUCACGGAUCGUAAAGGACGAAGAUUAGCAUUGCGUGGUGAUGUGACACCGCAGUUCAUGGCAAUGCUAAAGGAACAUUGGGAACUACCGAUAAAACAUAACUUGAACGCACUAGAAACUAAACAGAUAACCAAGUGGUUUACCAUGGCAGAUUGCUGGAGAUAUGAACGACCGGGUCACUGCCGAAGACGUAAUCAUAUACAGUGGACAUGUGACAUUGUAGGUAUACCCAAUGAAGAUGCUGAAAUUGAGCUGUUGACCAUGCUAAUCACAUUCUACAAGAAUGUAGGAUUAACCAACAAAGAUAUCGCAAUUCACCUCAACCACGUAGAUGCAUUGCCAACACUACUGGAAUCCAUGGGCAAGCCCGUUAAAGACCACACGUGGAUGCACCAAUUUAGAAAAGUUAUCGAUAAGUACAGGAAAAUAAAUCGCAAUGAACUGUGCAUAGCACUGAAUCAACUAGGAUUCAGUUAUGAUGAAAUAAACAAGCUACUUGAUAGCAUAGCCAACUGCUCUGAUAUCAAUACAUACGCGAAGCUAUUUGGAAAUGAAACCCCGUUUGUGAAGUCACUGCAAAAUAUUGUACACGGGGUCGAGCAUGCGCAACACUCAGAUUGGCUACAUAUGGACCUGAGCAUAGUAAGAGGUACCGAUUACUAUACCGGGGCCGUGUUCGAGUGCUUCGAUCGUAUGCACCCGCAGCAUAGAGCUAUCGCUGGAGGAGGUAGAUACGACAACUAUUUAGGACCUAAAGAAAAUAACGACAGGCAGCUGUCGUAUUCAGUAGGUUUCGGCAUGGGAAACAUUGGUAUCAUAGAAACCAUGCGGUCAAGGAAUUUACUCCAAGAGCAGAUUUUCACGGAUAUAGUGCUAUACAACCCACAUAGUAGCUCUAGAGUCCCGUUACGCGGAGUUGACCUUGUGCACGUUAACAAGGUACUCUAUUCACUGCGUGAUAGUGGAAUUAAAGUGUUCCACUACUUCCAAGGAACUAAGCUCGCUAAGGCACUGGAAUUCGCAGAACGUGCCUCAUCAAUUGCACUGAUAUAUCCAAAGCUGGACGACGCUACAGGGACAUUGGUUUACCAAGUGCAUAAUAUACCCAGUAAAUCCAAGACACUGGUUGCUAAAGAAGACAUUAUACAAUUCCUAGAACGUAUGCGCCGUCACAAAACAAAUUGACCCAGUGAUAUGCAGUGUGGUACUGUACUAUGUACUAGACAAACUGAUUA